CAGAGCUGACGUGUCAGAGGAGGAAAAAAGAAAGAUCUGAGAAGUGAGUCAGUGACUGAAGAUGACGUCAGACCAGCUUCAGGAUGCACUGGAGGAGAGUCCAGGCAGAAGCUGUUGCUGUUACAGAGCUUCAGUCCAGAUGAGAAGCAGCGCUCAGACUGGAGUCAGUGUUGAUGUGAAUGCUGAUACAGGUGCAAGUGUAAAUGCUCCUGUAUUGACUGGAAACACCUUCACAGGAACAGUAAACAUGUAUGGAUCAAAUGCUGCAGGAAAUGACAAACACGCAUGCUCAGAGACAGCAGAGAAACAAACAGAAAAACCAGAAAUUUUAAGGCUGCUAAAAUUCUUGGAAACUCACAAAACCAACAUGAUGAAGAAAGCACAGCGAAUUUUUGAAGGCAAGAACGAAAAUGAAGCACACCUUAAGGCUGUUUACACAGAACUGUUCAUCACAGAGGGAGACAUGAGAGAUGUCAAUCAGGAACAUGAGAUUCUCAAGAUUGAUAAUGCUUUCCAGUACAAACCAACACAGGACAAACCAAUCAAAUGCAAUGAUAUAUUUACAGAAUUGAGGAAAAACAAUGAGGAAAAGAUAGUGCUGACCAAGGGAGUUGCUGGCAUUGGAAAAACUUUCUCUGUGCACAAGUUCAUCCUGGACUGGGCAGAAGAAACAGCCAAUCAGGAUAUACACUGUGUGUUCCUGCUUCCAUUCCGAGAGAUUAACAGCAUUAAAGACAGAGAGUUCAAUCUCCAUGAGUUUCUGCUGAAAUUUUAUCCUGAACUGAAGGACCUGGAGAAAUCAAAGUUAUAUAAGGAAUGUAAACUUGCGUUUAUAUUUGAUGGACUUGAUGAGAGUCACCUGCCUUUGAAUUUUGAAAGUGGUACAUUAAACAAUGUUGAGGAAAGAUCAUCUGUAGACGUGCUGUUCACAAGUCUGGUCAAAGGGAAGCUGCUUCCAUCAGCUCUCGUCUGGGUGACCUCACGACCAGCAGCAGCCAAUCAGAUCCCUCCUCAGUAUGUUGGUUUGUUCACAGAGGUGCGAGGAUUCACUGACCAACAGAAGGAAGAGUACUUCAGAAAGAGAAUCACAGAUAAGGCUCAGGCCUCCAGAAUCAUCUCACACAUUAAGACGUCUCGUAGUCUCUACAUCAUGUGUCACAUUCCUGUGUUCUGCUGGAUCACGGCCACAGUACUUCGGAAUAUUCUUAAGAACAACACUGAGAACAUCAGCACAACGCUCACUGAAAUGUACAUUCACUUCCUGCUGAUACAGAUGAACAUGAAGAGCCAGAAAUAUGACAGAAAAACAGAAAGACAACGUACAAAGCUCUUAAAGUCAAAUAAAGAAACGAUUUUGAAGUUAGCCAAGCUAGCAUUUGAACAGCUGAAGAAGGAAAACAUUGUGUUCUAUGAGGAAGAUCUGAAAGCAUGUGGAAUUUAUGUAAGUAAAGAUACUGAGUUCACAGGAAUGAUCGCUGAGAUCUUUAAGAUGGAAGAUGGACUUCAUGAAGAAAAGGUCUUCUGCUUUGUGCAUCUGAGUGUUCAAGAGUUCCUCGCUGCAGUGCAUGUGUUCCUCUGUUACCUGAACAAGAACAUGCAGGAGCUUCAGUUUUUCUUCGAGAAGCCAAAAGAAGAUAUCGUAUUGCAGGAGCUACUAGAGAAGGCUGUUGUUAAAGCCAUGAAGAGUAAGAGAGGACAUCUGGACCUGUUCCUGCGGUUUCUGAUGGGUAUUUCACUGGAAUCCAGUCAAAACCUGCUCAAAGGCCUGAUCACACACACUGAAGACACUACAGUGAGCAUCACACAAACAACUGAAUACAUUAAACAAGUACAAAACAAGAAUAUCUCAGAUGAAGCUUCAGUCAACCUAUUCUACUGUUUACUUGAGCUCAAGGAUCAUUCAUUAUAUGAGGAAAUCCAGAGAUACCUCAGUUCAGGUGGACACCCAGGAAGAGAACUCUCGUCUUCAAUGUGCACAGUGCUGACCUACAUACUGCUGAUGUCAGAGAAGGUGCUGGAUGAGUUCAACCCAAAGAGGUUCACAUCAUCUUCAAACUACGAGAGACUCAUUCCAGCUGUGAGAUGCUGCAGAAAAGCCCUGUUAUGUGGGUGUAAUCUCACUAGUCAUUCCUGCCAAAGUUUGGUUUCAGCUCUACAAUCCUCAAACUCAGUACUGAGAGAGCUGGACCUGAGUAACAAUGACCUGCAAGAUUCUGGAGUGAUGCUUCUUUCUGAUGUACUGAGAAGCUGUAAGCUGGAGAUACUGAGGUUGUCUGGCUGUAUGGUGACAGAGGAAGGCUGUCGUUAUGUGUCUUCAGCUUUGAGUUCAAACCCAUCACACUUGAGAGAGCUGGAUCUGAGCUACAAUCACCCAGGAGACUUAGGAGUGAAGCUUCUCUCUGAUAUGCUUAACCAUCCAAACUACAGACUGAACAAACUCAAUGUGGAUCAUGGAGGAGAGUUCAGGAUUACAGCAGGACUGCACAAAUAUUCCCAUUGGCUCACUCUGGAUUUGAACACAGUGAAUGAACACCUUCGUCUGUCUGAGGGGAACACACUGAUUACUUACACUGACACAGUCCAGUCGUAUCCUGAUCAUCCAGACAGAUUUGAUCAUGUGUUGUAUCCUCAGGUGUUGUGUAGAGAGAGUGUGAGUGAUCAACGCAGUUACUGGGAGAUUGAGUGGAGUGGACGUGUGUGUAUAUCAGUGUCAUAUAAGAGCAUUAGCAGGAAGGGACAGGGUAAAGAGUGUUGGUUUGGACGUAAUGAUCAGUCCUGGUGUUUGAUCUGCUCUUCCUCCAGUUACUCAUUCUGGCACAAUCACAUAGAAACUGAACUCCCUGUAGAGUCCAUCAGCAGUAGAAUAGGAGUGUAUGUGGAUCACAGUGCAGGAAUUCUGUACUUCUACAACAUAUACAGAAACACAAUGAGCCUCAUCCACACAGUCCAGACCACAUUCACUCAACCGCUCUAUCCUGGGUUUAGGGUUUAUUAUAAAUCAUCAGUGAAACUGUGUUGAUGAAUCAGAACUGUAGAGAGAUCCUACCCAUAAUGCUUUGGGCUCAUGAUGAAUCGGUGACAGUGAGAUGAUAUAGAGUCUCUUCAUUACAUUAAUACUGUCACUGAAAUAUCAUGUCAGAAUAAAUAUGUGUGUGUGUGUGUGUGUGAUAAAUCCUCAUCAGUCAAAUCAGUGUGUGUGUAUGUGUGAGUGAGUCAUGAUAAGUGAUGGUGUGUGUGUCUUCUUUUCUUAGCCUCUAGUACUUGUGCUGAUGGAAAUCAGUUUUUAUUGUAGUGUCACAUCAAUCUCUAUUAUUACUGUCAAAAUUUCCUUUCAGUUGAAUAGCUCCUUUCACAAACAUGAUUUAUGAAGAACAUGUCACUGUCAUAAUUCAUGUGAUUUUCUCUAUUGUUUGUGCUCAAAUAAUAAAACACAGUGAGAUCAGAUUGUAAUUGAUGAUGAAUAUUUGAAAUGUCUGAAUGCUGAAUGAAUCAUCAGCUGCAUGUGAAUAUAAUCCAUACCUUCAGGAGAGUUUAAUUUAAUUUGACAUUUAAUAACAAUACCUUAAUUACUAAAAACACAUGAUCUGAUUGUCAGUUAUGUUUUUGUUAUUCACAGACUUUUAGUAUGUUUUCAUGAGUUUCUUGUUUCCUUUGUUCAGUUUUCCUGCUUCUCAUUAGUUUUCAUUGAUUUUAGCUGUUUGAUUAAUUAGUCUUUGUGUUCCUACUUAAGUUGUUCCUCACAUUCAUUCUCUGUUCAGUCAUGUUCACGUUCAGUGUG